AUGACUCCAUCAUAUUACACACAUUUAACUAAUAUGAAUGCUGGUAUUGGUGGAUCUCAUCAUGCAUAUCGACUUUCUUCAGCAAUUAAUAAAAAACUAUGCCUAUUUGAACGUAAUAAUUAUGUUGGAGGACGAACUUAUGAUCGUGAUUAUGAUGGAAAUUCACCGGAAGCUUAUGCGAAUACUUCAAUUUCUUCUCAAGGUGCACAACGAUUUUAUCUAGAUCAAGCUGUUAUUAAACAAUUAGCAGAUGAAUUAAAUAUUUUCUAUUAUUCAUAUGAUUAUCGAAGAGGUCUUAAUAAAGCACGUAGAAUAUUCUAUAUUUCAAUAAAUCAAAUGUGUUCUAGAUCCUACAUAAACUUAACAUGUACUGAUGACUCUAAUGGAUUGAAUUCUGUCGAUCAAUUAUGGAAUAAAUUAAUGGAAGAAUAUCAUAGAAAUACAUCGAGUUUAUAUAAUUUUGCUGAUUUCAAUGCAUUCUGUCGUUUUGUUCAUGGUGAUGAAGCAACUGAAUUUCUACGAGAUUCAAGAUUGCGCUCAAUAUUUAUUGAUGUUCAAAUACCACGACCAACGAAAGUAUUUACUCAAAUAUGGUCGGGCGCUUGGCAUUUUCAAAAAGCAAACAGUAUUGUUAGUAAUAAACAAAUUAUUAGUUGGGCAUUGUAUCCAUUACAACGAUUUACUAAACAUCAGUUUACUUUAGUUGGCGAAGCAUUUCAUUUAGAUCGUGCCGGUUGGACUGAAGCUGCUAUUAAAUCAUCAUUAAUAUCUCUAACAUCACAAUUUGAUUUGAAAUUCAAAUGUUACGAAAAUGAUGUUUCUUCGGGUGGAAGAUUUUGUAGUUUGGAUUUUGUUUAA